UGGAGGGGCAGGUUACCCACUUGUUACAUGUCACUGGCUCUUUCUUCAUUGCAAACAAUGCCUUUGUCUUAAAUUGCAUAGUUUAAUAUUAUUUCUGUUAUAAAUUAAUUUGUUUUUAUUCUGAUUUAAAGUGAAUGGUUUAAAGAGUUAUUUGUUCAUUAAUUAAGUUCCUAUUCAAGAAACAUGGGUUGGACAACGAAACAAGUAAUAUUAUCUCUUAUUUUGGUGGCGACAGGGUCCAUCAACACUAUAAGUACAAAGUGGGCUAAUAUUAUGAAGUCUACUGGAUCGGAUGGUGGCAAGCCGAGGGAAUUUAAUCAUCCGUUCUUCCAAGCCUGUUGUAUGUUUUUUGGUGAAUUUCUGUGUCUUUUGUGUUUUAAAGUCAUUUACCAUUGGCUAAAGAGGAAACAGGAUGGAUCUGAGGAUAUACAUGAUUUGGUUAAAGGAAAUAGAAGUUUUAAUCCUUUAAUUUUCUUACCACCUGCUAUGUGUGACAUGAUAGCUACUUCGCUAAUGUACGUUGGUCUCAAUUUUACUUAUGCCAGUAGUUUUCAGAUGCUUCGAGGAGCUGUUAUUGUAUUUGUUGCUCUGCUGUCGGUGAUAUUUUUAGGCCGAAGGAUAACUAUUAAAAUGUGGAUCGGUAUUGCUCUGACACUUGGAGGUCUGGUGAUUGUUGGACUGUGCGAUGUUAUGUAUGCUAACGAUGAUACUACCGGUGGUAGUAAUGUAAUUAUUGGUGAUUUAAUAAUUUUUGGAGCACAAGUCAUAGUCGCCAUUCAAAUGGUAGUUGAAGAAAAAUUUGUUAAUGGAAAAGAUAUCCCACCUUUGCAAGCUGUUGGAUGGGAAGGAAUCUUUGGCUUUGUCACCCUCUCUUUAUUGCUGAUUCCUUUUUACUUCAUACACGUGCCUCAAGCUACCAAUCCACAUAGUGCAUUAGAAGAUCUUCCUGAUGCUUUGUAUCAAAUAUACAACAAUUAUAUGAUCGCUAUAGCUUUAACUGGUACUAUAAUUAGUAUUGCUUUCUUCAAUUUCGCUGGCAUCAGCGUCACAAAAGAGAUGUCAGCAACUACAAGGAUGGUCCUUGACUCAGUUCGAAUCCUCUUCAUUUAUCUGUUUUCAUUGUGUGUCAAUUGGCAGGAAUUCCAUGAGUUACAGAUCCUUGGUUUUGUUCUUCUGAUCAUCGGAAUGGCCAUUUACAAUGACCUAUUGCCCAGCUUUGCUACGAUUAGAGGACUUUUCAGGAGAGAUCGGGAUGAAGCUUUAGUACCUAAUGAAACUACAUAAUAUAAAUAUAUUUAUAAUUGUUCAUUCUAAUGAAAUUAUAGUUAAUCGGCAAAACGGACUAGGAAGUUGUUAUAUAGGUUUCAGCUCUUUGCUGAUUUUCAUUAUGGAUUUGUAUCAAAUAGUUUAAUUUAAAUUUGGGUUUGCUCAAUUUUUUUGAACAUUUGUAUUUUUUUUUUUUUUUAAUCCCGCCUAUUUAAUGUUAAUUCAUGAUAUAAAUUAUUAUAUUUUUUUAAUCAUAGAACUUAUAAUUAAGUUAUAAAGGCAAGUUUUUAAACUCAGUGUUAAUUCCAUCGAUUGAAGAAUUCCAGUAAUUUAUGGUGAGUUUAGGAAUACCUGCUGGAUUCCAGCAGAACAGAAGGUAAUAAAAUAUAAAAAAUAAGAAAUAGAUUAUAAAAUACCUACCUAUUGAAUUAUUCAAUUUCAUAACAGAUUUAGUAAAUUGAAAUAGAAAUGAUGUAAGCAGUGAUGUAAUCAAGUUAGAUCCUGUGGACCCAUUGAGCGAUGGGGCUCCUUAACCAUCAGUUAUUCGAUCGAUACAUGCUGAGGAACUAUGUAUAACUGAAUGAGUUAGCAAACAGUUCAUCGCGGACUUUAGAAACUUGUCCAACAUAUAUAGGGUAAAUUUGAUGUAAUGAAUUAAUUAUUCGAUCUGUCGAAUGGAAUGAGCUCAAUGUCUAAUAUUUAUUACUUGGGAUAUUAUAUAAUGUUUAAAUUUAUUUAUUUAUGAACACAUAUUAGAUUUGACUCUACAUUCUCUGAAAUAUCUAAGUCAUUCAUUCUUAACGAUUUUGAUGUAUUUAUGCUCUUAUUUUUAUAUUUUCAUGUUAGUAAAUAGUCAUUUAAUGUUAAUAAUGCUCUGUAGAAUAUUUAUAUUUUACAUUAAUAAGUUAAAAAUUAUUUGUUAUUAUUGAUCUCUCUUAUAGUUAAUUUCAGUAGUGUCAACGAGGAAAAGCGACCAAUUGUGUUUUCCAUUUUUGAUGUACUUAUAUUGUGCUAAGACAACUCAGAAAGAGAAACAACACCUCUAAAGGGAAUAUAUUUUUUUUAAUUUUAUGGUUUUGGCAGAAAGUAUAUGGA